UUCUAUAAGUUUUUUUAGCGAAUUUACACAAUUUUCUGAUAUAUCUUCCAUUUGUAUUGUUAAUCACCAGGAUUCUUUGAGUUUUCUCUCUAAUGUCGGAUGCAACGCCACUCAACAGACUACCCAGAGGUUUAUCAGCAUCCAAAGUUGAUGAAAGAAGAAGUAAAUUACACAAUGACAAGUUGAAAGAAGUCCAAGUUGAUGAAGCUUCAAAAGAAACCAAAAAUCAAGUUGGCUCAAAGAGGAAAAAACCUAUGAAAGAUUCAAGAAACCAAAAGGGAAUUGAUUUGUUUGUGAAACACCAGCCAAAAUUAGCACCCCAUAUUAGUAGUUACACUAACACUGAUAUAGUAUCCCAGCUAAAAGAUAAGCUUACUCUCGAUCAGUUCCAACAAUUCGGCAAUACAUGUUUUGGCUCAUUUCUUCAAAUGAAGCGAUUUGAUGUUCAACAUCAACUCUUCAGAUGCUUCAUGGCUCGACAGUUAAACGGCACUCCAAAUAAUGUAUUUGCAGUAUACGUCAAUGGUACUGAAUUACAUUUCACAUUAAGGGAGUUUGUGCUUGUGACUGGCCUCAAAUGUAUAGGUAAAGAUGAAGAUUUUGAGUUUAGUGAAACUCCUCCUAACCGGUUUAUUGCGACUUAUUUUAGAAGUGCUAAUACUGUAAAGAAGAAACACUUGAGACAAUACUUCAAUGACAAGGCAUGGGGCCCCGACAAUGAUGAGAAUGCUUUGAAGAUAUCUUUGUUGUAUUUCAUCUACACCUUUAUAUUUUCAUCUGAGAAGAAUAGUGCAACUAUACCGAGGCUAGAUUUUGACUUAGUAGAGAGUGGGCGCUAUUCUGAAUAUCAUUGA